GGCAUGGGUAUCGCUACUGGGACGUAAGAGAAAAAAACAGGAGGACAGAUGAAAUUUAUUGCGGUGGUGUGAAAUUUCAAAUUUUUAAUUUUAAUGAAGAGGAGACAACUCGCCAGCAUUGCCAUAAUUGUCCUCUGCAGCACUCUGCUUGCUUUGGUUGAGCGUCUGCUUUCCUUAUCCGAGGUUCAUUGUCGUCAACAAGAACAACAGCACAACUUAGGGUUUUGCGGUGAAGAAGAGGAAGAAAUCGCAGAUCAACUGAUUCGGAUGGCAACUGUCGGAGGAUUACACGAUUCUACUUCUCCAUCAUCGCAGCAGAAUAACUCUGAGAUUGACGCCCUUGCUCGAUUUGCUAUCCAGGAACACAACAAGAAAGAGAAUGCAUUGUUUGAGUUGGUGAGGGUGGUUGAAGCACGAGAACAAGUUGUUGCUGGGACACUGCACCAUCUUACUCUUGAGGUCAUUGAUGCUGGAAAGAAAAAGCUGUAUGAAGCUAAGGUGUGGGUGAAACCUUGGUUAAACUUUAAAGAACUGCAAGAAUUCAAGCAUGUUGAGGACAUUCCCUCUUUUACUCCCUCUGAUCUUGGCAUCAAGAAAGAUGGCCAUGGCUUGGGAUGGCAAUCAGUGCCAGCACAUGAUCCAAUUGUCCAAGAUGCUGCAAACCAUGCGCUCGCAACCAUCCAGCAGAGAUCUAACUCGCUUUUUGCUUAUGAGCUUCUUGAGAUACUUCAUGCAAAUGCUGAGGUUGCUGAAGAAUCUGCUAGGUUUGAUCUGCAUCUUAAGGUCAGAAGGGGAGGGAGUGAGGAGAAAUUCAAGGUUGAGGUUAACAGGAACAGUGAAGGUUAUUUCCACUUGAAUCACAUGGAACCGCUACAGUCUUGAUUCGUAUCAUAGGUUAGGCAUGACCUUGGUACUUUUAGGAUCGCCGAGUAUGGGCCAAGAAGUAAUGUGUCUUGUGUAAAUUUUGUACGUUGCUAGAAUCCGCUGCAUGGUUGUUGUCAGACGUCUGAAGUGGCCGAUAUGUUUUUCUUAACUGUAUUAAGCAAUUCUAAGUGAGGAUCCUUUUGCCUUCGCUUGCUUGCUUGUCAUAUAAAGGGCUUAUGUUUAAUAAGAAUGCUUCUUCUGGAUUUGAUCUAAGAGGGCUUAUGUUUUUGUGUUCUGCAAACGGUGGGUUACUAAUCUGCCGAAUGUUUCACUAUAACCAAAUCAGAGCUCCUCUUCAUUGAUUUAGGUA